AUGUCAAAGUUCAUCCCCAAAUCACAAUCAUUUGCUAAUGCUCACCAUGCCGCUGAUAAUGUGAAACUUGAAACAACUGCUGAAAAAUCAAUUGGCAAGGAAAUCAACGUUGUCAAUGGUAAAGAUUUUAACCAUUUGGACCUUAUUAUCGAAGCUAAGAACAACAGAUUGAAAUCAGAAUUUUUUUACAUCUAUGAUUAUGACAAGUUCAACAAUUGCUCUCUUUUGAAAGAAAACUUUAAUGUUUUAGCUGCUAAUCAGAUCAAUCACAACUCUGCCAGAUAUGUUAUUCAUUACUUAACUAUGGAAUUGAAAAGAAGAUUCAAGGAGAUCAAAUCGAACUCAAAGGCUUCUAAACAAGAACAAAACAUGAUCUAUGAUAUCUUCAAGCCAAGUCUUGGUCAAUUUGAUGAGUCUGAUUUAUCAGAAGCUAAUGAUUUUAUUAGAUCUUUGUUCCCAUACGAAGGUUGUUCUUUUACCGGUGAAAAAUUGGAAAAAUUGAUUGGAAAAUCAACUUGGAUUACUUUGAUUUUGUCACUUAGAAUCAUAUGGAGUUUGUUACCAAAAGCUAUAAUACCUUGGACUUCAUUCCAUAAGUUUGAAACACAUGAACAGAAAUCAAAUUUUUCAAAUAAGCAAUCGUUUUAUCAGGUUCUUCCAACAUAUUUACCUUCACAUAACCAUUCAUGUGUCUUGUUUGAAUUUUUGGAAAUCUUAUUAUACAUUUUUGCAGAUAACUAUUUUUUGGAUCUAAAUGUUGCAAUUGAUUUGAUAUUUACAGCUGGUCAAAUUUGUUUCAAUAGAGAUGAGUUCAAACCUUCAAACAACCAAAAUGAUGAUGAUUUGAAUGAACUGCAAAGAUUUUAUUAUAAGAGAGGUUAUUCAUUUUAUCAAAUAUUUGUUUCCUACUUGAGAAGUUUAUCAGAGGAACCAACUUUUGGCCAUAAAACUUUAUUGGAAUUGUUCAAAAUUGAUGAAUAUCCACCAAAACCUUAUAAACCAGUUACUCAAAAGGCAUUAACUUUAACUGUUCCAAGUGAUCCUGAAUUAGCAACUACUAAUUAUUUUAAGUUGAUCUCAAACGCUUCAAAUGCAACCUCAAGAAUCUAUUCUUCAAAUCACACAUUCACAAAAUUUGAAAACAAAUUCUUGGAUAAGUUUGAAAUUAACCCACACAAGAUUAUUGAACAUUUUUUCUCCAAAUCAUCAAAGAAUUAUUUAUUGAAAUUUGAUAAGAACUUGAACUUUGAUAAUUUCAAAGUUGGUAAUGAUAUCAAUAAAUUUAGAGAAAAUUUGAAAAACGGUACCCUCUUUGAAAAUAAAGAAUUAAUCUCAACUUUCAUCAAUGAUUUCAAUAGAUAUGGGUUUGAUAAAGGUGGUGCUGAUCCUCAAGGUCAAAAUGAAUCAUUUGUUGCUGAUACCAUCAACUUUAACUUCAAUUCAAGCAUGGAAAAUGUUGAUAGUAAUCCUGUUAGAGUUUCAAAGUUGGAAAUUAGUGAAUGGUUUAUUAAUGCUUGGAAAUAUGAAACAUUUUUGGGUUUCUUGCAAAAUACUGUUGUGUUGAAAUUAACCAAGACUAUUGGUGAUUGUGACUGGUUGAUUGUUACUUCAGAUGAUAAAGUUUCAACAAACAAUCGUUAUUUGACUCCACCAAGCUCUGCCAAUGAUGUUAUUGAUAAUGUGAAAGAGAAGGAGUUGAACGGUGGUACAUCUACUGCUAAAAAGGAAUUAUUGCCUGCUUUGAAUCCAAAAGGUAAAGGUUGUGGUUUGUUAGGUGGGAAAAAGGAAACACAAGUUGAUGAUGAUGAAUCACCAGUUCCAAGACACACUAAGAGAUCAAGUCCAAAGAAAUCAGAUUUGAAGAAGAUAUCACAUCCAAGUCCACCUAGAGAUAUAUCACAUUUUGAAAAUGCUGCAUCUGGUAGACCUUCACUUGAUCAUUCUCCAAGAACUGCUGGUAAGAAAUCAAUUGAAAAGCAAAAUGAUUCACUCGAUCAAGCAAAGUCACUUGAACAACCGCUCCAAGUUACAAAGCAACCAAUCUCCAAGCCUUCAUCUCCAAAGCUUCCUUCAUUAGUUGAUGCUGUUAUUGAUACUCCAGAUUCCAAUGAGUCGUUCAAAUCAGAAUCCAAAAUAUCUGUUGCUUCAAAAGAAUUGAAAGAAUCACCAGUUGUUAAACAUUCACCAGUUGUUAACUCCUCAACAUCUGCCUCUCCAGAUAAACCACUUCCUAUUGAGAAACCAUCUGUUGCUUCCUCAUCUUCAUCCCCUGUUCAACCUCCAGUUUUGCCAAAGCAAAAAAUUGCAACACCACCUCAGCAAGUUUCUAAAACUUUAAACAUUCCACCGCCUGUUUUGAAAGAUGAACAAAAUACAAACUCUUUGGAUUCAACAAAUGCUAAACAAUUGGGUGAAGUUGAAUUGCCAAAAGUUUUAUUACCAAGACCUCUUCAAUCACCAAAGAAUUAUGAUGUUCCAAAAUCUCCUGUUGGUUCACCAAUGAGAUUCAAGAAAGGUUCUUCCCCAAAUGCACAUCCAUAUCUUCAACUUCAACAUCAAUCUCCACAAAAGCAACCAAGAGCUCCUGUUUCACGUCCUCAACAAUUACCUCAACAGCCUCAAUUGGGAAACAAGAACAAAUAUUCAACACCACCAACUAGAACUGUUGAAAGAUUUGAACCAUCUCCAUCACCACAUUUCAACUUUACAAAACCAUUGCAUUCACCAACCUCUCCAAAUGUUCCAUUCUCACCAAAUUCUUCAAACAGAUCUUUAGAUAGACCUAAAAGAUUUUCAAAAUUAGCUGUUGCUACUGGAAAUGUUCAAUCAAGUAUUAAGAAUUUUUCACCAUCAAGUUCUCCUAUUACUCAAGCCCUACCUAAAUUUUUCAAGAAAGGUUCAAGUGAUCAGCUAUCAAACCUUCCAAGUAGUGGUUCUUCAGGUUCAUUAUCACAUAUCAAUGAUGGCUCUGGUACUGAUGGUAAUAAUAGUUCAAGAAAAUCCGCCUUGUUGAUGAAUAAUCCAGAACUAGAGGUUGUUAAUAUUGAAACUAUUCCAGAAAUUCCAUACACUCCAAAGGCUUUGAGAGAAGCUCAAUUUAGUGGCUCAUCAGCAGAUCUUGGCUCAUCAAGAGAAAGAUCAUCAUCAACUAUUAAUUCCAAGGAUGAUAAAGAAAAAGAGAAAAAGUCAAAAGAAUUGGAUGAUUGUAAUACAGCUGAUUUCAACAAAUUAUUAUCAGAAAAUAGAGAAAGUUUUAUGGGUGAUCAUUAUAGUUCUGCAAAUACUAGUGCAAAUUCUGAGAAAUCUUUACCAGAGUUAAUUGAAUCAAAUGAAGGUGAUGAUACACAGGAUACAACAAAGACUCAACAUGAACAUUUAAAAAUUGAACAAAAUUUAGAUGGUUUAUUAGAAGAGAUUAAAGAGAGUUUAGAUUCAAGUGAGAAAUUUUUCAGCACUGAUGAUUUGACUGAAAACAAAAGAAGUUCAACUAUAAAUGUUUGAUUUAUUGGGAUAUCUAAAAUGUAUAUUAUGGACAGUGUUAUUUUUUGUACAAUAGAUUUUUUAUUUUUGCUAGCAUAAGGUUACAAGUGUGUUUUUUAUAGUUAAUUUGUUUGAUUGAAAUUUAAUUUGAAAUGAAAUUUGUAUGAUGUAGUGCUUUAUCGACUAGCAAGAUUGAAUUAGCUACACCGCAACUUCAAAAACAUAUUCACAGCUUUAUAUAUUCCUCUAAUCUAAUACAUCAAAGUAAAUAUCAAAUGUCAAACCUUUUAGGGUUGUGUUUAUAACUCAUCAUGCACGUUAAUAGUGGUUGUAGUUGUAUGUAUUUCUUCAUCAUCUUCUUGAGCUUCAGUAUCUGUUUCUUGUUCAGUUACAUCUUCUU